AUGGGUCCUGAUUCCUCUGAGGCAGAGAGGACUCCGAUGGACACCAGGGAGAGACCACUAGGUGAAAGGUUGAUGCCAGCAAGACCUCCUCAUCCGUCUUUUCAUGGUGGCGAAGGGGAAGCAGCGGCUAUGGAAGCAGAUCAGAUAAUUCAUAUGGGGGAGAAACCCUAUCAGUGCUUGGAAUGUGGAAAGAACUUCAGUCGGAAGGAUAGUCUCACUUCCCAUCAAAUAAUUCAUACGGGGGAGAAACCCUAUCAGUGCUUGGAAUGUGGAAAGAGCUUCAGUCAGAGCCACAAUCUCACUUUCCAUCAAAGAAUUCAUACAGGGGAGAAACCACAUCAGUGCUUUGAAUGUGGAAAGAGCUUCCGUCAAAGUGUACAUCUCACUUCCCACCAAAGAAUUCAUACAGGGGAGAAACCCUAUCAGUGCUUGGAAUGUGAAAAGAGCUUCAGUCGGAAGGAUAGUCUCACUUCCCAUCAAAUAAUUCAUACGGGGGAGAAACCCUAUCAGUGCUUGGAAUGUGGAAAGAGCUUCAGUAAGAAGAGAAAUCUAACUUCCCAUCAAAGAAUUCAUACAGGGGAGAAACCUUAUCAGUGUUUGGAAUGUGAAAAGAGCUUCAGUCGGAAGGAUAGUCUCACUUCCCAUCAAAUAAUUCAUGGAGGGGAGAAACCCUAUCAGUGCUUGGAAUGUGGAAAGAGCUUCAGUUGGAAGGAUAGUCUCACUUCCCAUCAAAUAAUUCAUACGGGGGAGAAACCCUAUCAGUGCUUGGAAUGUGGAAAGAGCUUCAGUAAGAAGAGAAAUCUAACUUCCCAUCAAAGAAUUCAUACUGGGGAGAAACCCUAUCAGUGCUUCGAAUGUGGAAAGAGCUUCAGUCACAGCCACAGACUCACUUUCCAUCAAAGAAUUCAUACAGGGGAGAAACCCUAUCAGUGCUUUGAAUGUGGAAAGAGCUUCCGUCAAAGUGUACAUCUCACUUCCCACCAAAGAAUUCAUACAGGGGAGAAACCCUAUCAGUGUUUGGAAUGUGAAAAGAGCUUCAGUCGGAAGGAUAGUCUCACUUCCCAUCAAAUAAUUCAUGGAGGGGAGAAACCCUAUCCGUGCUUGGAAUGUGGAAAGAGCUUCAGUGUGAAGAGUAAUCUCACAACCCAUCAAAGAAUUCAUACUGGCGAGAAACCCUAUCAGUGCUUCGAAUGUGGAAAGAGCUUCAGUCACAGCCACAGACUCACUUCCCAUCAAAGAUCUCAUAUAGGGGAGAAACCACAUCAGUGCUUGGAAUGUGGGAAGAGCUUCAGUCAAAGUGCACAUCUCAUUUCCCAUCAAAGAAUUCAUACAGGGGAGGAACCAUAUGUGUGCUUGGAAUGUGGAAAGAACUUCAGUCGGAAGGAUAGUCUCACUUCCCAUCAAAUAAUUCAUACGGGGGAGAAACCCUAUCAGUGCUUGGAAUGUGGAAAGAGCUUCAGUCAGAGCCACAAUCUCACUUCCCACCAAAGAAUUCAUACAGGGGAGAAACCCUAUCAGUGCUUGGAAUGUGAAAAGAGCUUCAGUCGGAAGGAUAGUCUCACUUCCCAUCAAAUAAUUCAUACGGGGGAGAAACCCUAUCAGUGCUUGGAAUGUGGAAAGAGCUUCAGUAAGAAGAGAAAUCUAACUUCCCAUCAAAGAAUUCAUACAGGGGAGAAACCCUAUCAGUGCUUGGAAUGUGGAAGAAGCUUCAGCCACAAUGCCUCUCUCAUAUCCCAUCAAAGAAUCCAUACAGGGGAGAAACCCUAUCAGUGCUUCCAAUGUGGAAAGAGCUUCCGUCACAGCCACAGACUCACUUCCCAUCAAAGAACUCAUACAGGGGAGAAACCACAUCAGUGCUUGGAAUGUGGGAAGAGCUUCAGUCAAAGUACACAUCUCAUUUCCCAUCAAAGAAUUCAUACAGGGGCGGAACCAUAG